AUGGGGUACGACAAAGGCAAUGAGGGUUGGUACUUUAAGAUUUGUAGACCUCAACGUGCUCUAGCAACCCCAACAGCAGCUCCUCCUCCUCGUACACAUGAUCAGGGAUCUUCACAAGUGCGAUACGGGAUUCAGAGUAUCAAGGAGAAAGUCAACUCACUUGAUCAACGCAUAACUCGGAUUGAGGAACAUCAAGAAAAAUCUUCUAGGGGUGUUGAUCCCAUGGACAUCAACUCAGCUCCUCGUAGUGAAGAUGAUAGUUCUGAAAAAGAAAUUGAGGACGAAGAAGAAGAAUCUGAGGAAGAAGAAUCUGAGGAAGAAGAAGGUCAAGAAGAAAGUCAAGAAGACGAAGAAAAAUAUGAAGAUGAAGAAACUAGAGUAGGUGACUAG